UGUUGUCAUUCUGUAUGCCCUAUAUUUCCAUCCUUAGGACAGCCGCAUGUUGCGUCACCACCAGCUGUGUGGAUUCGUGGAAUAAAGAUCCCGAUCCACUUGUGCCACAUGAAUCCAUAUGCUGUUUACUUUACAGGACGUGCAGAAUAUAUACAACCGGACUGUUUUCAUCGACAAACACUAGUCUUCGCGCGUGGAGCGACUCAUGCUUUUGGAAAACAUUGCGUUCCUGUGUCGUAUCGACUCUUGUUUAAGGAUUUAGACGGACUGAAUCAUCCUCUGCGGGUUGUUUUGUUGGUUAAAGAAGCUGACAUGUCAAUUGAAAAACAAAGCGUGUCCGAGGAAAACCUUCAGGGUUCCUGGGUGGAGCUGCAUUUUAAUAAUGGAGGAGGCAGCACUCCUAAAGGAGCUUCUGAGGAUCAGUCUGCCAGCACCGCCCCAAGCGGAGACCUGGAGAAGAUGCUGAUGGAUGCUCAGCACGAGUCGGGCAGGAGCAGCUCCAGAGGAAGCCUGCCAUGUGAGAGUCCUCCAAGAUCUCAGACUCCUUUACACUUGCGCAGGGGCUCCGAGGUCCACAGCUCUGGAGAAAAGAACAACUCACAGUCAGAGGAAGACUAUUUGGAGAGGAGAAGAGAGGUGGAGAUCCUGAUGAAGAAAAACGCAUACUGGAUCUGGGACUGGUCGAGUCGACCAGAAAACCUGGCGCCCAAGGAGUUUGUGCUGAGGCACCCAAAGCGUUCCAGCACUCUCAGCAUGAGGAACACCAGUGUGUUGAAGAAGGGAGGAAUCUUCUCAGCAGAAUUCCUCAAAGUUUUCCUGCCCUCUCUUGUCCUUUCGCACAUCCUUGCUGUGGGUCUCGGGGUGUACAUCGGAAGGCGCUUUACUACUUCUGCCACCUUUUGAGGGAGCAGGAAAAGCCAAGAAACGAGACAAAUCUCAUGUACGCACAUCAGCCAUCUCAGCUGCUUUAUCGUGAAUCAGUGCUUGUGUAGAAACAGAUAGGACGAGGUCACGUGACACACUUCCUCGCUUCCCCCUUGUGUAUUACACUGGCCUUUCCCAUAGUUCCUCCCCCAUAAUGCCAGUCCUUUCCAGGGUCUUCAGCACAUGGAAGGCCAUGCUAGACUUGAUAGAAUUACAUGUACUGCAUCCUCAGAAUUUUGCAUUUACUUGA